CACGGCCUUCUCCUACAACCCUCAAUUAUGCGCACUACUCUCCGCAGAUCCUGCAACGCCUGCGCAAAGGCAAAGCACAGCUGCGAUCUUCGGACCCCGCGGUGCUCGAGAUGCAUCAAGAGGAGGGUUUCUUGCGUUUACGCUAAUGAGCCAUUGACUCUUCAGGCGCCGGAGGGUCCGGGGCAUGGCAGGACCAUGAUCAACAAGGCAAGCAAGGUUACUUGCAUAGCUCAGAGGGAUGUCAAGAUGUCUAGAAAGGUUCAUGAUGGCUCAGUGAAGCUAUUGAACUCUGUAGACACGUCUUUUGAUCCGUUUGAUUCGUAUCCGCCUACCCGACUCUCCCGGAUACAUGUUCAACGCCUGAUACACCAUUUUCUCUCUAAUAUUGCCUUUCAAUAUUACCCGCUGGAUCUUAGUAUGAUAUCGAAUCCCUUCAUCGUAUCAUGGUGGCCGCUGGCACUCGCGGACCCUGCCCUGUUUCAUGUAUCAAUACAGACAGCAUGUCUAGACGAGGAAUUAAGGGCGCACAAGGGAUUUCCAAUCUCGGAACUCCUCAUGGUCGAUUCCGUAUCUCUAAUACGACAGAAGAUUGAGAAUUUUUCGCUGGCCUUUCAGGAUGACACGUUGAACUCUGUGGUCACCUUGGCUGCAAUCGAGCACGGAAAAGGAAAUGUCGAAGCUAGCAGAACCCACAUUGACGGGGUUAAACGCAUAGUCGGAGUGAGAGGCGGGAUAAGCCACGUCCGGCAAUCAAGUCCACUAACGGCGAGGAUGAUUGCUUGGGUUUCAAUGCUUGUUACAGGCGCACCUCAAUUUCCUAUUCAAGACGAUCUAGGGAUUGGGGAUGGGGUGUGCCCGACGCUGCAGUGGCUGCUGGCGUCACCGGAUUUUGAGUCGCCGAGUGAGGCCAUCGACGACCUGGAUAUCGACCCUGCUGUGAUCGACAUCUUAACCCGCCUUCGCAGCAUAUCACAAGAAGCAUCAAGCUUAUCAGGGACUGAGCUGCACGACCUUACUUGUUUCGUGGUGCACAAGUUGCUCCUGUUACCGCCACUCUGCACGGAAAAUUUGCAACAGUCGGCCGCCUCGGAAAGUCUUCGGUACGCGAUGGCGCUGUACAUGCUCGCGAUCCACGGCACGACAUAUUAUUCACACAUCGGCUUGGUCAUGACCAUCAUGCAACAAUUUCGAAGUUAUCUCGAAGUCCUGGUGGGAAGCGACGUCGAUGAGUCACUAAAACUCUGGAUAUUUUCUGUGGGAAUGGUGUCUUCAAUUGACCCUAUCAACAGCAAAUGGUUUACGGAACAGGCUUAUCUAGCCGCGACAUCUCUCAAGAUCCAGACUUGGGAGGAUGUACUUGUACACUUCAAGAGGAUAUUAUGGAUGGAAACACCACGAGGGGUAAUAUUUCAGCAGCGGUGGGAGGCCAUGUUGACAUAA